CAUGGGCUUGGAGAAUUGGCCUAAUUUAUGCGGGCGAAAAAUAAUUAGCCCAUUCAAAACGCAGGCACUCGAAUCAUAUAUAAGCGAGUUUUCACCCUUGGUUGCAAUUUCUUUUUACUUAUUAUUUAUAGUUUCCAAUCAGUCUGUGAAAUCCAUAUCCAUUGAUUUCGAUCAAAUCGAUCGAUUUCAAACCCUGAAAAAAAGAAGAAGAGGAAGAAGAGUAUGAACCUAAACAUGAACUCAGUGGAGUCUCUGGUGGCUCAAAUCCAAGGGCUAUCGAGCAGUGGCGAUGACAUUGCUCACCUUCACAGCCUUCUCAAGCAAUCCGAGGAACUUCUUCAGUCCGAGUCGACUCGCUUGGCUGUUGUCCUUGCUGAACUCGAUCCUUCAAAGCAUUCUCUCGGAUACCUCUACAUUCUGGAGGCAUGCACGGCUGCACCAAUUUCGAAAGAGCAAGCUAAUGAAGUGAUUCUGUCCAUUGCGAGAUUCAUCAAUGAGUGUGCUGCAGAACAGAUUCGUUUAGCGCCUGACAAAUUUAUAUCUGUUUGCAAGAGGUUCAAGGACCAAGUUAUACUGUUUGAAGCUCCCAUGCGGGGUGUAGCUCCAUUGUUGACCGCUGUUAGAAAACUUAAGACCACCUCUGAACAGUUGACUGCUUUGCAUCCGGAUUUUCUUCUACUCUGUUUAUUAGCAAAAUGCUAUAAAACUGGUCUAUGCAUUUUGGAGGAUGAUAUAUAUGAGGUUGAUCAGCCGAGGGACUUUUUUCUCUAUUGUUAUUAUGGGGGAAUGAUAUGCAUUGGACAGAAGCGUUUCCGCAAAGCAUUGGAGCUUCUGCACAAUGUUGUAACUGCACCAAUGUCUACUAUAAAUGCUAUUGCUGUUGAAGCGUAUAAGAAAUACAUACUUGUCUCUCUCAUUCACCUUGGGCAGUUCUCCACCACUUUCCCGAAGUACACUUCUUCAGCAGCUCAAAGGAAUUUAAAGAACUUCUCUCAGCCCUAUAUUGAUCUUGCGAAUUGUUAUGGCAAUGGAAAAAUUUCAGAACUUGAGGCAUAUGUCCAGGCUAACAGGGAGAAUUUUGAAAUUGACAACAAUCUUGGAUUGGUGAAGCAGGUUGUAUCAUCCAUAUAUAAGCGGAAUAUCCAGAGAUUGACUCAGACAUACUUGACUCUCUCUCUCCAAGACAUAGCCAACACAGUGCAGCUGAAUAGCCCUAAGGAGGCAGAAAUGCAUGUACUUCAAAUGAUUCAAGAUGGUGAGAUAUAUGCAACUAUAAAUCAGAAGGAUGGAAUGGUUAGAUUCCUAGAGGAUCCUGAGCAAUAUAAAACCUGUGAGAUGAUCGAGCGGAUCGACUCAUCAAUCCGGAGAAAAUAUUUGUUAGCCUCAUUGUUGUGCCAGGAUAAUGACACUAUCAAAGAAGCUGACUACUAUGGAUGAACUCAUCUCAUGCGACCCUCAGUACUUGGCAAAGGCUGGGAGAGAGCGCCAAAGAUUUGACUUCGAUGACUUUGAUACUGUACCGCAAAAGUUCAACAUAUGAAACAAGCAGGACCAAUUUCGUAUCCACAGGGGAUGGUAAAUAAUGAUGAGAGUGUUGCUUGGACCCCAUUUCCAUUUUUAUUAAGGGCUAGUUUUUCUGUUAUUUUGUUCUCAUUUAGUUGCGAAUUAGUUAUGAACAUGUUCCAUAUUAAAAGUGGUGUUUUGAAAUUUUGUUUUUUGACAUUGAAAAGAUGUAUGAUGAGAAUAUUUAUAUUUUAUUUUUAGUGGUGAAGAUUAUAUUAACUUGA